AUGAAGAGUGACACGAAUGCCACCGGUCAGCCAGCGAUGAGUCCGAUGAGUACCGUGUGCCGUUCCGUGGAGUUCGGCCUUCGCCUGGUCGGCGUAUGGCCGGGCACGUCGAUGUCCCGUAGAUUCUCCUACAUAUUUCUGAUGGCGUUGUUUCAGAUCUUUCAGUACCGUUACCUGAUCGCUCACUUCAGCAAGCAGGACCUCUCGCUCCUCAUGGACGUUCUGAGCGCGACUAUGGCUUACAGCUUGCUGUUCCUCAAGCUGAUCAUCCUCACCGUCAACGCUCGUCAGCUCGAUGAAAUGAUAGCGUGCGUGAUCGAGGACUGGAAAAAGCGCGAUGCGUCCGACGAGUGCGCGAUGACCAGAACAGCUUAUACCGCUCGUCGCUUCUCCAAUCUGAUAAUCCUCUCCAACGCGAUGUCGGUUUUAUCCUACGCGACCGGCAACCUCCUCAUGUGGCGCAAGAACGAUAAUCAGACCGACAAUCGGGAGCUCUUCCUCAAGAUGGACCUGCCCUUCGACACUGCUAGAGAAUCUGUCUACGUAGCUGUUCUCGUUACACAGUUCGUUCACCAGAUGAGCGCCGCUAGUAUCUUGGGCGUGUUGGAUAGUUUGCUAUUGACUCUGGUUCUGCAUGUGUGUGGACAGAUUGACAUAAUCCGGCGAAAGUUGGGCACUAUCACGCAACAGGAUAUCGAGCGAAAUGCAAGCAAGAUCAUUGUAAAAAUGUUGAUUAUUCGACAUCAGAGGGUUAUCUCCUUCGCGAAGAAUAUCGAGGCCCUGUUCUCGAACAUCGCACUAAUACAAUUUUUAUCGAACACUUUGAUCAUCUGUUGCCUGGGCUUUCUCAUCGUGAUCUCCAUCGAUCUCCCGAAUGGGUCGACGAUGCUUGUGAAGUCUGUAUUUUUUUAUAUCGGGAUGAGCGCGCAGGCGUUUGUAUUUUGUUUCGUCGGGGAAUAUCUCAGUUCGAAGAGCGGAAUGAUCGGCGACGCGGCGUACGAAUCGCUCUGGUAUGAUCUGAAGCCGAAUCAGAAUCGCGAUAUUUUAAUCAUGAUCAUAAGAUCACAGAAGCAUCUAAAGCUCACGGCCGGCAAGUUUGUGGAUCUUUCCUUGAAGCAAUUUGGCAACAGUCGAGCGAAGGUCAAAAGUGGUGAAAUGAGCUCGAUGACUACCGUGUGCCGUUCUAUAGAGCUUGGAUUUCGCUUGGUCGGUGUAUGGCCGGGCACGUCGUAUGCGACCUUGCGUAGAUUCUUCUAUAUAGCCAUGAUGGCGGUGUUUCAGACCUUUCAAUACCAACAUUUGAUCGCGCACUUCAACGUGGACGAUAUGUCGCUUCUCAUGGAUGUAUUAAGUGCAACUAUGGCUUACAGCUUGCUGUUUAUCAAGCUGAUUAUUCUCGCCUUCAACACUCGUCUGUUCGGUGAGAUCAUAGCACGUGUGGUCGAUGACUGGAAAGAGCGCGACGUAUCCGACGAGUACUUCAUGAUUAAAAUGGCUUACAUCUCCCGCCGAUUCUCCAAUUUGAUAAUCGGAUCGUACGCGGUGUCGGUGUUCUUCUAUGCGUCCGGCACCCUGAUCAGGCUGCGUGCAAACGACAACCUGACCGACCCUCGGGAGCUCUUCCUCAAGAUGGAGUUGCCCUUCGGAGUCGAGAGUGUAUCCGUGUACACGGCUGUACUCGUUACGCAAUUCGUACAUCAGACGAGCGCCGCUAGCAUAGCGGGAGUGCUAAAUUCCUUACUGCUGACAUUGGUUCUCCACGUGUGCGGGCAGAUUGACAUAGUGCGGCAAAAACUAGGUGAAAUCACGCAAAAGGAUGUCAAGAGCGGCGUGUCCAAGAGCCUCAUGAAAAAGUUGAUCAUCCGACACCAGAGGAUCAUCUCCUUCACGCAAAGUAUCGAAGCUCUCUUCUCGAACAUCGCACUUGUACAAUUUGUGUCGAAUACUCUUAUCAUCUGCUGCCUGGGAUUUCUAAUCGUUAUCUCUAUCGGUUUGCCGAACACGUCGUCGACGUUAAUAAAGUCCGUAUUGUUUUACGUGGUCAUUAACUUGGAUGCGUUUAUUUUCUGCUUCGUCGGCGAGUAUCUCAGUACAAAGAGCAGAAUGAUCGGCGACGCGGCGUAUGAGUCGCUCUGGUACGACCUGAAGCCGCACCAGAAUCGAGAUCUCCUCCUGAUGAUUCUGAGAUCGCAGAAACACUUGACGCUCACGGUCGGCAAGUUCGUGGACCUUUCGUUAGUGCAAUUCAGCAGUAUCGUGAAAGCCUCGGCGUCAUACGUGUCGGUGUUGCACGCGAUGUACUGA